UGGGUACUUAAAAGCAUUUAGCUUGUGAUGGUUGCACUAAAAAUAGCUUUUCAGCAGAGUUUGCAGUUGGGUCUAAUUUCGGGGUUUAGCUGAGUUGGCCAUAAAGAUCUUUCUUUGCUGCUGUCGCAAGGCUUAUAUGAGGGUGAAUUUUGCUGAUUCUAUCUUGGACGCUGGUUUUAUAUUAAGGUUUACUUUAUUCAUGGAUAAAAGAGACUGAUGCCAUGGCUGAAUAUUCAGAGGCAAAACAUGGUGGAAACAAGAGUGGCAAGAAAGAAGGAGUUUCUGGAAGCUCUUUUUUUACAUGGUUCAUGGUAAUUGCUCUUCUUGGAGUGUGGACAUCAGUUGCAGUAGUAUGGUUUGAACUUGUUGAUUACGAGGAAGUACUAGGAAAACUUGGGAUCUAUGAUGCUGAUGGUGAUGGUGAUUUUGAUAUGGAAGAUGCCAAGGUUUUGCUAGGACUUAAGGAAAGAUCUGUCCCAGAACAGUCAACGCUAAGAAGUGCUGAAGAGGUGAUCCAAUCUGCAGAAAAGCCACAUGUGAAAACAGAACAUAUACAUGUUAAAACAGAACCAGAAGAUGAAAUUGAGACCUUACUACAUGAAGUUCUUGACUCACAACUCGAAAAAGGUGAAAUAGAUGAAGACCAUGAAGAAACAGAUUUUCAGGAAGAGGAAGAAAAAGAAGACAAUAAUGAAGCAUCUGAAGAACCCACAACAAAGCAGAGUUAUGAUGAAGAAAUAGAAGAUAAAAUGCCUGAAAUACCAGAAAGAUCAAGCUCUAUCCAAGAAGAACCUGCAAGUCCCUACCAGCCCGGAGAUCAUGAAGUAGAUGAUGCUGACACUGAUGUUUCAAACAAAGAUUCUCAUGUGGAAGAAGGCACAUAUGAGCCAGAAAUCCCAGAAUCUUUUCCAGAAGAUACAGAACAGCAUGACUAUGUAGAUGAAUUUGAGAGUGAAGACUUCACUGAAACUCAGGAUACAGAAUCAAUUGAUCACAUUGAACAAAGACCUGAAAGUAAUGCAGAUGGUCCAGAUUCUGUUACUGAACCUAUUAAAUCAGUACAUGAGAAGAAACAUACAGAGGAUCAUGUGGCUGCUCAACCACAUGAGACAGAAGUUCCUGUUCAAGCAGAAGAUUAUUCAGAGGAUGAUGUAACUGGACAUGGUGAAAAAGAACCUCUCCAAAAAGAAAAAGUAAAGAAGAAGAAACCAAAAUUGCUCAAUAAAUUUGAUAAAAACAUUAAAGUUGAACUUGAUGCUGCAGAAAAACUGCGCAAAAAGGGAAAAGCAGAAGAAGCUUUAAAGGCAUUUGAAACUUUGGUAAGCAAGUAUCCCCAGAGUCCACGAGCAAGAUAUGGAAAAGCCCAGAGCGAGGAUGACUUGGCUGAGAAAAUGAGAAGCAAUGAAAUAUUACAGCGAUCUAUCAAUACCUAUGGUGAAGUGGCUAGUCUGCCAAAUGUCCCUGAUGAUCUAGUAAAGUUGACACUGAAACGGCGGGCAGACAGGCAGCAAUUUCUUGGUCGCAUGAGAGGUUCAGUAGUUACGCUACAGAAACUGGUUGAUCUGUUUCCUAAUGAUACUUCAUUCAAGAACAACCUUGGAGUGGGUUAUCUUUUGAUAGGAGACAACAGCAAUGCCAAGAAGGUUUAUGAGGAGGUUCUGAGCCUGGCUCCCAAUGAUGGCUUUGCAAAAGUGCAUUAUGGAUUCAUUCUGAAGGCAGAGAACAAGAUUGAAGAAAGCAUUCCCUAUUUGAAAGAAGGUCUGGAAUCAGGAGAUCCUGGCACUGAUGAUGGCCGCUUUUACUUUCAUUUGGGUGAUGCCAUGCAGCGAGUUGGAAACCAGGAGGCGUACAAGUGGUAUGAACGUGGGCACCAACGGGGUCACUUUGCAUCUAUCUGGCAGCGUUCUCUGUACAAUGUCAAGGGCUUAAAAGCUCAGCCAUGGUGGACAGCAAAGGAAACGGGUUACACAGAACUGAUCAAGACCUUAGAAAAAAACUGGAAGGUGAUCCGGGAUGAAGGACUUGCUGUAAUGGAUAGAAGCAAAGGCCUCUUUCUUCCAGAAGAUGAGAAUUUGCGGGAGAAGGGUGACUGGAGCCAGUUCACUUUGUGGCAGCAAGGAAGAAAAAAUGAGAAUGCCUGCAACAGUGUUCCAAAAACAUGUGCCUUAUUAGAACGUUUCUCAGAAACCACUGGAUGCCGAAGAGGGCAGAUCAAGUAUUCUGUCAUGCACCCAGGGACUCACGUCUGGCCUCACACAGGGCCCACUAACUGUAGACUGAGGAUGCAUUUAGGCUUGGUCAUUCCUAAAGAAGGCUGCAGAAUUCGAUGUGCACAAGAAACCAGGUUCUGGGAAGAAGGGAAGAUUCUCAUUUUUGAUGAUUCUUUUGAACAUGAAGUGUGGCAGGAUGCUGAUGCUUAUCGGCUGAUAUUCAUUGUGGAUGUCUGGCAUCCAGAGUUAACAUCACAACAGCGACGCACCCUACCAGCUAUUUAAGUGGGCUUGAAGAUUUUUCUCUUUGAGCUUCACACUUUGUGCUGGGAAAUACAACUUUUUGAAACAAAAACAAAAUGGAACCGUAUCAAGAAUGUGUAAGGACUUCAAAGCAUCCUCUUCUGUGUACUACACCACUACAGCACUGACUGAAUGCUUUGUAUUCAUGCUGCAAGUUGAGAUUCUAUGCUUUUAUCAGCCAAAGAACAUCCUGUGCUACAUUUUGAAAGAAAACGUGUGCCAGGCUCUUCUUUUAUGUUUUUUUUUUUUUUUGAACUCCUUGAUGUAAAAUCCACCCAGCUACAAAAGCUUGAAUGUAAUCAUAAUGAAUGCAGGCUUCCAGACACUAUUACUGUGCAAUUUCCAAUCAUUAUGAGGAAGGAUGCGCAGAAGCAGUAUUUAGUGGAUUGUGUCCUCAAGCAGUGCAUCCACCUCUCCCCUGAUAAGAGCACGCAUAAGCUCUUGUAGAAGAAGGAUCUGAAAAUUUACCAUGUUAUCUUUUAUAAUUCUACUUCAAUUUCGUCCAGUGGAUUUAUAGGGUGAGCUGCAGAUAAUGUGAGCAGAUGGUUUUGUAUCUUACUUUUGAUAGAUAACGGUAUUUUUCUAUCAGAUACAGUAUGUAUGGAUACUUUUUUUGCUCUCUUUGAACCACUUUCCUUUUGUAAUUUUCUUUAGUUCCCUUUGUAAAAAGACACAUUAAUUUAGCAACAGUGAAGCCUUAUACAAGCACUGUCUAUUUUUCCUUCCACAUCAAAAGAUGAAUAAACAUCUCCUUUGUCCAGUUUUAGUUAAGAGCAUGUUUUACCCAACUUUGAUAUUUGUGCUUAUUUCUAACUUUUUCCAAGAUAAAAAUGUCUUUUAAGCCUAACUGAAGUACAUGGAGGCUUUCAGCUGCAAUUUUGCACCAACUUUUUAAUGCAGUUAAAAAAAAACACCUUCAUAGCAUAAAGCCUGAUUAGGAAAGAGUUGAUAUCUAGAGCUAUUUUAUAACAUUUAUAUUCUUCAAUCUUACAUGAAAAUAGGACAGAGAAAAGAACUUUAUAAGUACAGUUCUGUGGUGUUAUGCCAUUUAUGUAAAGUGAUAUCCACAUGGAUGUCCCAUUAAUGAACGAUAAUGAACUUUUUUAAUGAUGCGUUUUCAUUCAACCUGUCAGUGCCAAGCACUGAGCCAGUUUUCUCUUUUCGGCUAUUGGAUCCACUAUAUAAUUUUUACAUUCCUCUUUGAUUUAGUAAAAUAGAUCUAGGAUCCAAUAAACAAGACUGGCAUUCAAGCAGCUUUGCUUAGAUGUUUCAAAUUAUGUUGACCAAGACUAGUUAUAAGCAAUUAAUUGCUCAUUGCCAAAAGCUAUAGGUGUGAUUUUAUGCACAGAGAUGUGCCAAAUACACAUUGGAUUUUGUGGACCUAUAUUUGGAAUGCUGUGCUGAGACACUGUUAGGGCAAUUAAAUUAAAACAGUGUACCCCUGGAAAUAAUAUUUGGUCAUAAUUUCUGCAAAAUAUAGUAAGUAUUUCAUAAAGAUUGAAUAAUCUCUUAAUCCACCUUGAUUGUUGUCUGUUAUUUGCUAUGGCAGGAGUUGUCAAACUGAGGGUUGGAAGCAUCUUAGGGGUAUCAGUGUUAAAAUAACAUAUAUUGUCUGAGGCUUGGUACUCAAGCUCAAACUUUUGAAUACUAAAAAAUGCAUAAAUCAAUUAUCCAGGUGCCUCUUUUUCUUAUAACAGGCACAAGGUCUGUGUAAACUGCCUACAAUACUUCUUUUUUAAAAUCAGUUAUGCUAUAGAAUGUUAUUUUGUUUGACUUCUCUCAGAAAUAUUCUUCUCUGCCAGACAAAUAGUAUGCCUAUUGUAGUACAUAGCAGCCCAGCAGUAGUGUGUUCCUAUGGAAUCCCUGUAAAAGCGUGCAAGUUAGUGAAUUUCAGUACUUGUUUUUUCAUUAUUUUAAAUGUCUAGUCUUUCACAAUGGAUUUUUGGGGAAGGGGAUGUAGAAAGCAAAAAGCUAAUUAUACCCAGUCUACUGAUUAAAGUUUGCAGCACCCUUUCUGUAUGAAUCAGUUGCUGCUAUGAAAAACAAAUAUGGAUCAAAAAUAAAUGAUAGACAAAAAGAAAAGAAAAGAAAGCAGCUCUCAUGAAAAUGCAGCCCUGAUUUCGGGAAUUAUGCAAAAGCAAGCAAGUUCAUACUUCCUUCCCAUUAAAAAAGAUGGUUUUCCAUUUGUUUUUCUUUUAUUUCAAAUGAAACAUUUUUAUGUAAUCAAAUUGCAAGAUUCUAUCCUUGCUUUUUGAUAUAUAAUUUAUAAUUCCAUUACUACAAACAUAUAUUUAUUUCAUAGACAAGAAUAUCUGUAGCU